AUGGUGUCUCACUACCAGUUGUGGUCUCGAGCCUGCAAUAGGCAAACAUCUACAAGAGUGGGAUCUGUGAACGCCGCCAGAACCGCGAGAGAUAUAAGUACGGCUGACAGUUCCAUUGCACCGAGUUUUUGGCACAGCCCACGCACAAUUGUUAGGCAUGGAGCUUCUCAUCUUUCUCGAUCAUGGACCAGUCCGUUCUGCCCUGUCCCUUGGACUCUUUGCAAUUUUCAUCUUCUUCCUACUGCCUCUACGACUACUGCACACUUUCCAAGGUAUCGACGAGGACUAUCCUCCAGAUGGGCGAGCUCUGACUUGCAUCAUAGGGUAGGGAAAAAGACACGCCCGUGGACAAAGGUCAGCCGCGCGACUAAGGUUCAGCAAUGGCUUGAACUCGGCAACAAGAAGUAUACCAAACAAAACCGAAGCUACAUCAUGGCCGAUUACUUCAGACAGUAUGUCAUUGUACCCUACAGCAAGUAUCGUCUGGACUGGUUCAACGAUCGGCCCGGAGAUCCUACCAACAUCGACGAUAGUCUGUACGAUGCCGCGCCAUUCCAUCACACCCCCUACGUUCACAAACGUCUGCCGAAGAAGUUGCCCACCUUCGUUCCCGAGGCGUGGGAUGAAGUCCAGGAUACUGUCGACCAGCUUUGCGGCACGGAUGGCAUCAAGUGGAGGGCGAUCAACGUGUAUAAGAGCUCAUCCAGAGUUACGAACGCGCUGAUCAGCCGUAUGACACUAGGUCUACCAUUCUGCAGGAACGAGGCAUUGCGAUAUCGUCUCCGCGCCUUUGCAGAUCACGUCUGGUCCUGUGUCGCGAUUGAGCCCCUGAUUCCAGGACUUCUCAAGCCGAUUCUUGGAUGGACAAUCCUGACACUUCCGGCGAAAUGGCAUUACCUGUUCACCCGUAGCCAAUUGCUUCCUCGCAUUCACAGCCGACUCUCAGAGGUGGCCGCAGCGAAGCAAGAUACUGAAAAGCUGGCCCAGCUGCCUGACGACUACCUGACCUGGCACAUUCGACAUGCCACCGCCCAGAACGACCCGAAGGCUCUCGAACCCGAGUUCAUGUCACUGACAUUACUUUCUCUGGAACUAUCCGCCGGUGCCAAUACCCACCACGCCCUAGCAAAUCUCCUCUUCGACAUCUUUAGUUCACCUCCUGACCAGGACGUCGUGCAAAUCCUCCGAGCCGAGCUACAGGAGAUGUACAUCAACAAGUACAACGGGACAUGGUCGCAAAAGUGUCUCAGGGAGCUAUAUCGCAUGGACUCCGCCAUCAAAGAGAGUCUCCGCUUCUCCACCAUCACUGCGCAUGGAACAUGGCGGAAGGUGAGAGCUCGGGAGGGACUACUGGAUCCCGAGACGGGGGAUGUAUUUCCGUGCGGGACUACUCUGGGCUGGGACAUCUGGAGCCGCCAUCAUGAUACUGAUAUUUAUGAGGAACCGAUGGAGUACGAUGCAUUGAGAUUUUACCGGAUGCGCGAACAGAUGUUGAGGGACGGCGGGGAUGCACUUCAGCUUAAGAAGCUUAGUAUGACUGUCGCGGGCAGUGAUUUGUACCUCGUAUUCAGCACGGGGAGACAUGCUUGUCCCGGUCGGUUCUUGGUCAGCUGCAUGUUCAAGAUGGUCUUAGCGUACAUUUUACUACACUACGAUGUCGAGCAUCCGGAGAAACGAGCUACAAGCCUGUGGUGCGGAGGGUUGAUCUUACCGUCGCUGAGGGGUGAGAUCAAAGUGAAGCGACUUCUUGAUUGA